UCCUCAUUGUCCAUCAACAGCACUUGGUGCUGCAUUGCGAUACCAGCGUGCAACCAACUCCUUGCUUCGAAUCUUGUAAGCUCAAUACCUCUGCUCUUCCUGCCAUCGCGCCAUCAUCACUCCGCCGCCACGCUUUGCGGCCAUUUACUUUGACCUUUCCAGCCCCCGAUCGUCUCGGACGCUGGGUCAGAGUUCAUCUUCUACAAUUCCACUUAUAUACUGUUACUAUUGCUGGCCUGCAUUCUUUUCUUCUCCUCAUAUAGGCGCAUUCGAGGCCUGCGAGCUUUCUUCCUUCUUUGACCUUGGCCUACACUCGUUUCUCAAUGUCGUCCUCCAAUUCAUUGUCCUCUUACUCAAGUCUAACCUCUGUCAUGUUUAUUCUUAGCUACCCUACCUCGAUACCUCGACCACCCGAAGACGCCAUUACCUGAGUCGGCAUUGUCACCUUCGUCCCUGCGCCCUAGGACUGCAAAUGACAUAGCGCAUCGGUGGGCUUCACCCAAGUCGGUUUGUCACCUGGACGCAAAAGGACUGUUUACCCGGAAGCUCGAAGCUUCAAAACAAUAUGAAUCCAUACGAGCCUUAUGGCUCUCCUACAAACGAUAGAUCACCCCCCAGAUACCGUGGAAGGGACGAGUCAUACGACCGAAGCGACUCGUACAGACGAAGAUCUCCUGUGGUCAAUGAUCGACGUCGACCUGCUCCUCGCAACCGCUCACGUUCCCCUGUAGCUAUCGAUCGUUAUCAACCCGACCGCGAUCGUGACCGAGAUCGGGAGCGAAAUACGCGCGAUGACUAUUACGAGGGCGCCAGACCUGCUACCAGAGACACAAGAGAUACGAGAGAUGUAAGAGAGCGGGAUGAUCGCAGAAGAGCACCCUCGCCAACUGCUGCAAACAUCGAUCGAUACGUUCCAGGUCAGGAAUCCAGCAAACCUGCAGUCAAGGUCAAUCCUCUGGCCAACCCUCUCGCUCUAGAUACGCAAGCAGGUUUCAGCUUCUUCGCAGACUGGUGGCGGUUUGAGCAACAAGUCAAAGAAGAAAAAGAACGAGCCAAGCAUGGCGGCAGACGACCUUCAGACCGUGUCAAAGGUGAACGCGAGGCGAAAGAAGACCGCGAGAAAGAGCGAGCACAAAUCCAGCAGGCUUAUGACCAGUAUAAACAGGAGUUCCAGGUGAAGAUGGCAAGGCAGUUUGUUCAGCAGCACAAAGGUGAAGAAUGGUUCAAGGAGCGAUACGUUCCAGAAGUUCGAGAUCCAAUUCGAAAGCGUCUGAUGGAAUCUCGAGAACCCAGCUUCGAUCAAUGGGUCAAAGACUUGGAAACGGGAGUCUUCGAUGAAUUCACUCUCGAGGGGAUCUAUAAGAAUGACAGCGAUGGAGCCGGCGGAAUGGUGGAGAAAGAAGAGGGCGAAGCCGUUGGCGGUGGUGAAGUCCUUGGCGUGCUUGACCUCGUCCCUGCCAAAGGUGGUGAUCUGAAAGAUGAAUCUGUUCAGCAACCCGCUUUGCUCAUCAAGACACUGGCACCUAACGUCGGCCGCGAGCGCAUUGAGGAGUUCUGCAAAGAACAUCUGGGAGAGGAUGCUGGUGGUUUCAAAGGUUUGUCGUUGAGCGACCCCAAUCCGGCGAAGAAAUUCCACCGCAUCGGCUGGAUUAUGUUGAAUCCUGCCCCGGAAGAGGAUGCCGAUGUGAUGCAAGACAUUGAGCGGGGUGAUGGCCGCGAUGAUGACGAUGGUGAAGAGGGCGAAGAGAAGCCACAGCCGGAGAAAAUCAGCGCCGCCCAAAAGGCUCUCGACCUCAUCAAUGGCAAGACCAUUACUGAUCCGGUGAGAGGCGACUUCACCUGUCAUGUUGGCAUUCACAACGCACCGAGUGCGCCACGGAAGAAAGCUCUUUGGGAUUUGUUCUCCGCCCCGGAACGAAUUGAGCGGGAUCACGAACUGGCAAGACGACUUGUGGCCAAACUUGACGCCGAUCUUGGCAAGGAUGAGCAUUCUGGCGCGUUGUCCAAGAUCGAUGCCCGAGUGGACCAGAUGAGGAAUCAAGGACUUCUGCAGCCUCCACCGAAAGCCAAAAAGCCAAACUUCGAAGACAAUGAUGAUGAGAUCAAGUUUGAGGAGGAGGCUGAGGAAGGCGAAGAGGAAGAAGACGAACAGGACGACGAAGAGUUGUUGGCUGUCAAAAAGAAGCUCGAUCUGAUGGUUGAAUAUCUUCGACGAGUCUUCAACUUCUGCCUAUUUUGUGUCUUUGAAUCUGAUUCGGUCCACGAAUUGGUCCGAAAGUGUCCCGGUGGUCAUCUUCGAAGACCGAGAGCUGGAUUGACCUCGGCGGCCAAGGCGGCGGCCAGAGCGAGCGCGCUCGGUGAGCCAUUCCCGGGCAAGAAGAAAGAUGGUCGAAAUGAGAAUGGGAUGGAUGAUGAGCCUCUUAGCCCUGUUCAAGAGAGGCGCCCUCAGAAGUUCAACAAAAACGACCAGCAGCUUCUUCGAGCGUUCAAUUGGGUCAAGACAUUUGAGGAGAAGGUCCUGCAAAUUCUAGAACCCGAGUAUGUGGAUCUCAAGAAGAUCGGAGGCAAGCCCGUUGAGGAAGCGCUGGACGAAGAGCUGGCGAAGUUCGUCAAGCAAGAGGAUGAGGCCAAAUUCCGCUGUCGAGUGCCAGAAUGCACGAAACUGUUCAAGGCUGAGCAUUUCUGGCGGAAGCAUGUUGAGAAGAGACACGAAGAGUGGUUUCUGGCUCUCAAGAACGACCUUCAACUUGUCAACACAUACGUUCUGGACCCCUCGCAUAUCGCACCAUCGCGGUCAGAUGCCAACUCUAACGGACAUUUCCCUCUCCCUCAGAACCAUCAUCUAAAUAACGGCACUCCUCGGGGAUUCAGCCUUCAGAACAUCGGAAUGAACAUGAUGAAUUUUGGCCAGAAUGCCAUGAUGAACAUGCAGAAUGUCCAGGGGCCACUCGUGCCCGGGGUCAACUUCAACACUGAUGGCAUGAACGGAAGUGGAGGACACAGCGGUGGCCCCAUUCGACGUGGCGGAGGCAGAUACGGCAAUCGACCUGGACCCUAUGAUCGAAACCAACGCGGCAGCCAACGCGGCUACAAUAACAUGGGUGGCAUGCUGCGGGGCAAUCUUGUUCCCGGUCUCACACCCGGGUUCAUCGCUCAAGGUGGAGGCGGAGGAGGAGGCAAAUGGGGAGACGGUGCAGGUGGCGGUAUGAACGCCAUGGGACCAAAAGAGGCAACUCAAGGCAGAAGCCUUAAAAGCUACGAAGAUCUAGACGCUCAACCGAACAGUGGCAACGCCGGAGCGGCAGCGGCGGCACAGGCCGGUGGAGGUGCAGAGCUGGACUAUUGAUGUUGAUGUGAUAUGGCUGGAAGCGAAGGAGGCACAUCUACAUCGGGUGCUCUUGUACAAGUUUGGGCGAGAUGGACGAGAUGGAGGAGGUGCGUAUCAGCUUUUACAAACACAAAUUUCUCGACGGACAAGGCAAUGUUGGGAUGGAGCUUCGGAGCCUGGGGAUCGUGCUGUGGAACAAAAAUCGCCUUCCUUCAUUAUCAUUGUCUGAACAGCCAGCCUUUGCCAAUAGCAGAAUACAGAAAAACAACCCCCUAAACAACCAGCCAAAUAUGAGAUCAAUCGGAACAAAAC